AGGGGAGAGAGAGCAAGGCUUUUCCCCUCCCUUCUAUUGUAUGCAGGCUACCUGCCCUGGGGUGGGUGCAGGGUUCAAUAAUCCCAACAUUGAACCAUGGAUCAAUCAAAAACUCUAGAAAUCCGCCCCAUGACUGCAUGAGCCUUUGGGGGAACAUCCAGACACAAACCAUAGCAUGCUGUUAGCAGGCGGGGCCUGGUUUGGAGAGAUCCGUCCCGGGGGUGUGGCCUGGAAGGGGCGUCUCCCUCUCUAGCUCCUCCCUCCUCUGGCUGCUUGCUGGUCACCAUGCCGUGAGCAACUGUCCUCCACAGACCCUCCCACCAGGUUUCUCCGCCUUGGAGCCAGCCAACCAUGGACUGGACCGGGUGAAACCAUGUGCCAGACUUAGGCUCUCCUGCUUUCAGAAGUGGGUGAGGGGUACUGUGAGUCAGUGGCCGGAAAAUACCUAAGACCCCCUUCUCAACCAGUCAUCCUAGCUUGAGGCCAGCCGUGCGUCCUCCCUGAACCUUAAUUACCUCCUAAAUAAAGGCCUUCGUGCCAAAUACCAGCACAUCGGCGGUAAGGCCUUGACACACGAAUUUGGUGGGAUACAACUCAGUCCACCCUCGAAGAGUCUGACCCAGUUUGGGGGUGUUGGCAGGCUCCCAGGGAAUCUCAUGGGUGGCCACAGUUGAGAACCGCAGAGUGAGGGCUGAGCGCUCAGAGCUGUGGCGGAGCUGAGCCUCUGAGGCCCUGUGGGCUCUGAUGGCCGAGCGAGGCCAGCUGGACACCGAGGCUCCUCUGUCAAAACUGCUUCCCACGCGUCUCCUGCCCUGGCAUGGUCCUGGGGUCACCAGCUGCUGUGCUCAGCCCAGCGCACUCAAAAGUGCACCGGAAAGGAGAAGCUACCCCCGGCCUUGCUGGGCGCUCUGCUUGCACGCUGUCGGCUCUGGGGGUGCACCAGCCCAGCGCCGUCUGUGAUGAGCGUCUGCCCCCCACUCACUGCUCUCCUUCGUGUCCCAGCUGGGCCAGGAGCACCCGGGGUGCCCUCCCCGCAGCCCCGGCACGCGGCUCCCCGCCCACAUGCAGGCAGGCGCGUCCCCGGGCGGGGUCCCGGGCUGGCGGCCGGCGGCAGGCUCUGGCUCGGGGCGGCAGACACUCGGAGACAGCCGCACAUUCCAUUCUGCGCAGUCAUCUUCCUGCGCGCCCGCCCCCUGAGGACAUUUCCCGAAAAAGACGGCGCGGCGCGCAGGGGAGCGGCUGGGAGCGUGAAACCCGAGCUCGCGCGGAUCGCCCCAGCCCGCACCCCGCGGGACGAGGCUAUGAAAAACGCACCGCAGGCCGGGCUCCUUCGCCUCCGAGGCGAGAGCGUCACCCCGGGCUCCCUCCGCUCGCGCCCCGCGCGGGGUCCGCCUCCCGCCGCGCAGAGGGAGGGGCGCGCAGCCCGGGCCUGGGUGUCUGCGCCCCGCCGCGGGCUGGGGGCGAAGCCCGCCGCUCCUCCGCCUGCGACAGUCCGGGUUUCUCCUGCCCCCGCCCGGCACUCGGCAAAAGCUUACCAGGCAGGCGGAGAAUCCAGGAGACAGGACCCACCGUGGGCAGAAGGGACAGACACGGUGCUGCUAGACCAGGGCUCAGCAGUCGCUACGAACAUACCCGUCCGUCCCAGAAGGCAGAAGAGCCAGGCAGGUGGCGCACACCAGUAUCCGCAGAACUCUGAGAGGCUAAGGCCAGA